AAUGAGGAGAAAGAAACAAAGAAAGCACCGUCAGUGGGAGUAUAUAACUACCACCACCCACUAACAAACCAACCCGGAACUAUCUCUGAAUCACUAAACCCUUUCUUCUUCUCUUUAAAAUCCACUCACUCGAAGAGAGAGAGACUAGUAAACCCACAGUGAGAGAGAGAGAGAGAGCAUUACCUCCAUUAAUGCCUCACUGCAACAAAGCGUGAUAGAAAGAAAGAGAAUCAUAACUCCUUACCGUUUCGAAUCAAAAUCAAACUUGUGUUGAUUAUUUAAAACUAUUUCAUAUAAUAUGGAGAUGGAUCUGAGCAAGGUUACUCUUGACAUUUUCACCAAGCUUGAACAGAAAUGGCUCUCCCACUGCGACACCACCAGGAAGACACGCAUCCUUAGCAUCGACGGUGGUGGAACCACUGCCAUUGUGGCCGGAGCUUCUAUUGUUCGCCUCGAAGACCAGAUCCGCCUCCAGACCGGUGACCCUCACGCUCAGAUCUCUGAUUUCUUCGACAUUGUUACCGGAACCGGAAUCGGAGGCGUACUCGCGGCCCUGCUCGUCGCCGACGAUGGCUCCGGGAGGCCGAUGUUCACCGCCAGGGAAGCUGUUAAGUUUAUCGAGGAGAAGAACUCGGAGCUAUUCGAGAUCAGGCACACGGGAGUCUUCAGGAGGAACCGGAGAUACUCCGGGAGCAGCAUGGAGAGGGUGCUGCAGGCAGCGUUUAGGAGGGAGGACGGUAAGGUGCUGACGAUGAAGGACACGUGUAAGCCUCUCCUCGUUCCCUGCUACGACCUCAAAACCUCUGCACCUUUCGUUUUCUCACGCGCCGGCGCAUCCGAGUCGCCGAGCUUCGACUUCGAGCUUUGGAAAGUCUGCCGUGCCACCUCGGCGACUCCCAGCAUGUUCAAGCCGGUCAAUGUGGUGUCGGUGGACGGAAAGACCUCUUGCUCGGCCGUCGACGGCGGUUUGGUGAUGAAUAAUCCAAGUGCCGCCGCCGUCACGCACGUGCUCCACAACAAACGAGAUUUCCCGUCGGUUAACGGCGUCGAUGACUUGCUCGUCUUGUCGAUAGGAAACGGUUCGUCCUCAACUCCAGGAAGGAAACUUCAGCGUAAUGGAGACUGUUCCACGUCAUGCCUCGUGGACAUCGUGCUUGACGGAGUUUCCGAUACCGUUGAUCAGAUGCUUGGGAACGCUUUCUGCUGGAACCGUACGGACUACGUUAGAGUCCAGUGGAUGUGCAUGCAGGUGAGCGGUUUGACUAGCGGCGGAGAUGGAACUGUGGGGCCGAGGAAAACGGCGGAGGAGUUGUUGAAAGAGAGAGGUGUGGAAACGGCACCGUUCGGAGGGAAACGGUUACUAACGGAAACAAACGGAGAAAGAAUCGAGAGUUUCGUGCAACGCCUUGUUGCUUCUAGCCUCCCUCCAAGUCCUUGCAAGGAAUCUGCCGUUAAUCCUCUCGCUGACGGCCGUUAAAUGUGUUUUUAUUGUUAUUUAUUUAGGAUCUAAGUAUAAUAUAAGCCCCUGCUGUAAGUUUGUAAGCAAACCUGUAACCCAGGGUUAGCUUUUAACCUCGCAUCCUUUUUUUUUUA